AUGUCUUCCGUCACUGGAGACUCGGCUACGACGAGCAAGAUACGCAAGCCAAGCGAUGGUGUGAGCGUUGCCAGUGCUCCUGCCCCCGACCUUGGCCCCGACCUUGGCUGUUCUUCUCCCAGCGUUGUCUCUUCUAUUGACACUGAGGAGGCUGGUGCCCGACUCAGCGCCGUCACUUUGGACGAAUCUCCCUCGUCUGAUCGUGAUGCAUCCCCAAGACCCCGAAUCGGUUUUGGCCAGUCCUACGACAUCCCCUCGUCUCGUCCUACUGCCCUAGACGCGUCCAGGUUCCAGGUUGGCGACACGCCUAGCGGAGAUGUGUUCAUCUCUCCGGUCAAGGAGUCUGUCCCUGGUCAUUAUGUUGGCCAGAGCCCGGCCAGAGGCAAUGGAGUGGGCCAUGGCCCUGCCACGCCUUCUCACCCUCUUCGCACUCGCUCAUCCAACCUGAGUGGUCGUCAUUUCAUUGGUGGUGUUGAUGCGCAGGGAAUCUACCCUCCCAGUGCCUGUGUCUUCGUGGCUAAUCUGCCCGAGCCCAAAGAUGAUCGCGCUCUCGAAGCUGCGGUCACUCGCGAGUUCAGCAAGUAUGGUACGGUCUUUGUCAAGAUUCGACGCGACAGCCACCAUAUGCCGUUUGCAUUCUGUCAAUACACUAAAGACGAGGAUGCCCGCGAGGCCAUGGUCCGUGGAAAGGGUGCCAUGAUUCUUGGUCGCGCUUGCCGUACCGAGAUGGUUCGGGCUAACCGAACCUUCAUUGUUCACAAGCGAUACGGUGGAGAGAUCACUGUUGACGAGGCGCGCAGCCUUCUGGAGCCGUACGGCCCCAUCAACAAGGCCGAGUUCUUGCACACCCAACUUCAAGAGAUGCUUGGACUCCCUCUCACUGUCAUCGCCGAGUUCGCGCUCUACGAUCCUGGUCGUGAUCUUCAGACUGCUUUCCGUCACAAUGACGAGUACCGCGUGGAUCUCUUUGACCUCAAGAAGACCAUGCCAUCUACUCGUGCGAACGCUGACGAGAACUACCUUGCCCAAUACGAGAUGGACCGACGAUCUGUCUUCGUUUCAGGAUUCGGCCCCCAUGUCUCCCAAGCUGAACUGACUGCUCUGUUCUCCGAGUUUGGAGAGGUCGUCAAUGUUCAGCUCAUCCGGAAGUUUGCCAACAACUCUGUGAUUCCUCGCGUCUUCGCUUUCAUCGAGUAUGAGCGCCCCGACCUUCCGGACGAAGCCAUUGCGAACCUUCAUGGCAAGGAGUUUGAAGGCGCUUGCCUUCGCGUCGAACGCAAGGUUAUGAAGGAGCCCACUCCCAGACGAGUCCGGUCCCAGUACAUGGCCAAGCCCAAUAUGGGAUCCAACACUGGAGGUGUCCCGACGACCCCUGAGCGCCCCAACAUGCGCGCUCCUUCUAUGACGCAGCAACCGGGUACCGAGCAGACAGCCCCUGUUGUGACCGAAGCAGCCCCUCCUCCAUGGGGUUGGCCAUAUGGCACGCAGCCUUUCACAAGCCCUACCUAUGUGGCUCAGGCUUCGCCCCCCUACAGCAUCCCAACCGGCGCCUCCUCCAUGUCUAUGUCGCCCCAGGCUACCGCCAACUCGAUGCAGCCAUAUGCAUACUAUGGCAACUACUGGACAGGCAUGCCCUUCGUUCAGGACCCCAUGCUCCCUGCUGGCAUGCCUUUCUAUGGAUUCAGUUCGCCCUCUGCGUAUGAGGUUCCUCGCCAGAGCGAUGACAUUCUGACCACACCGACUCGUCCUCAACACACUCCGACUCCCCGAGUCAAGAAGGAGAAUGUGUCCAAGACCGAGAAGGCUUGA